AGGCGGUCGUCGUAAAACCCUAGAUAAGAGGGAACACUUCAGCUUGGUUAUGUUGUAUACCGAAGCAGCGUCGCCUUCGUUUUGGGCCAUUCGCAGAUUGAGCAAUCGUUGUCGUUGUCGUCUUCGCGGAUGCGAUCCGGACACCCGAUGUGAAUUGGCGCUGCCUGCGAAUUGUUUUCUCAAGAAAGAGCGAUUUAUUGAGACGAGUGGUAUUGUCGGUGGAGAACUGUGUGGUGGCUGCGUGGGUUCAACAUGGGUCGGCCUACUGGUCUUGAAUUAGAAGAUGUUAACGAGGUGGAAACAGCGGUUGGGAUUGCAGCUGCUGCAGAAACGAGCGGGCCUGUUAUGCGAUCAGAUCUUCAGCGUGAAACCUCCGCAUUAUCGGAUAAGAUUAUAGAAAUUAUCACAAGUGGAAACUGGGAGAGCCUGCAGCCAAAUAGUGGAAAUUCUGUUGAGGUGGGAGAUCACCAAGUCUGUGUAUUUUACGACGUGAAGUCGAGCGGGGAGUACAGAACGUGGGAAUGGCAAGGUCACAUUAUUUUUUUCAAUGAAGAGGAAAUGAUGUACGUUCCGGAGUACGUGUAUGGAAAUUAUUUCGAGCCUCUACUUAAGACAGAAUCAAUGUACGAGAAUUUCUUAGAUCGACCUUCUUUUGGUCUUACCGGGAUUAUCAAUAAUAUAGAGAGGAGAGCAAAUAGAACCAAUUACCUUUAGAAGGUGAAUACAUCGUUAGACAUGCGUGCUGAGAUUUGGAUUUGAACUUGACCUUUAACUAUUUCCUCCAGGUUUAUGUAGUUUCGCAGAUUUGUUGUAGUGGUUUGUGACGGCAAGCUUGGCACUUGACUGUGCCAUAUUGAGAUCCUCUGUUUGAAGAAUUUUGUUAUCAUUUGGAUUUGUUGUUGGUGAAAGCAGUACGACUAACGUUCACACAACUGGAACGAAUGCUAGAAA